CUAGGGAGCUAGGAGCCACCGGCGGGCGGGCAGACAAGUCGGGUAUCUGUGCUGAGGGGCAGUUCGCGCGGCCCGGCCAGUCUGGUGGCCCCUGCGAGAAAGACCACGAGGCAUAGGCCUCGCCACAGGCUACUUUAAGAAAAAUGGCCCUGCUAGCCCAACAGAUACCCAGAUGGCUCAACUCAAUUAAGUUGAGUAGCUUCCUUACUGCUAUGCAACUCAGAAAAUGUUUUCCCAGAGCAGGAAAAACAUUGUUGCCUGGCUUUUUUGCUCAGCCUCAGCUGUCCUCUGACGAUUGCUUUCUCCAGUCGGGGUUUAAGACUUAUCGGACUUCCUCUGUGUGGAAUAGUUCCCAGUCUACCAACUCAAGUAGUCAAGAGAUUAAUUGCACCCAAAACACUCUGCUUCCUUCUGUGAAUGAGCCGUCACAGAAGUCACAGAAGAUACCCAGCUUUGAUUCUGAACUGUCUCUAGAAGGACUGGACGAUUUGCCUCCAUUGUCUCCAUUGCAGCCAAUUUCCGAGGAGGAGGCCGUUCAGAUUAUUGCGGACCCCCCACUGCCCCCAUCUUCAUUCACACUUCGAGACUAUGUGGAUCAUUCCGAGACUCUGAAGAAGUUAGUGCUUCUAGGAGUGGAUUUAUCCAAGAUAGAAAAACAUCCAGAUGCAGCCAACCUCCUUCUGCGACUGGAUUUUGAAAAAGACAUUAAGCAAAUACUCCUGUUUCUUAAAGAUUUGGGCAUAGAGGAUAACCAACUGGGAACAUUCCUGACAAAAAACUAUGCUAUUUUCUCUGAAGACCUUGAAAAUCUUAAGACCAGGGUGGCUUAUCUACUGUCAAAAAAUUUCAGUAAAGUGGAUAUUGCACAGAUGGUCAGAAAUGCACCAUUUUUGCUGAGUUUUUCAGUGGAAAGACUGGAUAACAGAUUGGGAUUUUUUCAGAAAGAACUUGAACUUAGUGUGAAGAAGACUAGAGAUCUGGUAAUUCGUCUCCCAAGGCUACUAACUGGAAGUCUGGAGCCUGUGAAGGAAAACAUGAAGGUUUAUCGGCUUGAACUAGGUUUUAAACGUAAUGAAAUUCAACAUAUGAUCACCAAAAUCCCAAAGAUGUUAACUGCAAAUAAGAGGAAACUUACCGAGACUUUCGACUACGUGCACAACGUGAUGCACAUUCCACACCACAUCAUUGUCAAGUUCCCACAGGUAUUUAAUUCAAGGUUGUUUAAAGUCAAAGAAAGACAUUUGUUUCUUGCCUAUUUAGGAAGAGCACAGUAUGAUCCAGGAAAACCUAACUACAUCUCUUUGGACAAAUUGGUAUCUGUGCCUGAUGAAAUAUUUUGUGAAGAGAUGGCCAAGGCCUCAGUACAGGACUUUGAAAAAUUCUUAAAAACUCUUUAGUUUUUGAUAGAUGUUAAAAUGUAAUAAUGUAAAGUGAAUGUACAUAUGAAUAAAUAUAUUUUAAAAUAAAUACCUCAAACCUCAA